AUGCCUCUUCCUCAUGCAGUGCUGAUAACUUACCCGACGGCAGGGCAACUCAACCCCAUGCUCCAGCUCGCGCAGCUUCUGCACUCCAAAGGCUUCUACAUCACCUUCGUCAACACCGAGUUCGGCUACCGCCAGCUCCUGCGCGGAAACGCAAGCCUUGAUGCAUUAUUCGGCCGCUUUAACAGGAGCUCGUUCCGGUUCGUCUCCAUCCCGGACGGCAUCUGUGAGUCGGACCUUCAAGGCCCUGGUUACCUGCUCAACGUCUGGUUCUCCAUCGUCAGAAACUGCCCCGCCGCGCUCCACGAGCUGCUUCUGGAGCUCAACUCAUCCCCCGACGUGCCCCGACUCACCUGCAUCAUCACCAACUUCUUGGUGACCUUCCCGCGAGACGUGGCUGAUCGGCUCGGCGUCCCGGAGCUCGUCUUCUGGACCACCAGCGCCUGUGGACUCAUGGCUUCUCUCCACGUCCGGGAGCUCGUCCGCAGAGGCUACGUCCCACUCAAAGAUGAGAGUUGCUUGACAAAUGGGUACCUGGACACGGCCAUCGAUUGGAUCCCCGGGAUGAAGGAUAUCCGCCUCAGAGACAUCUCCAGCUUCAUCAGAACUACGGACCGCGACGACUUCUACCUCAAGGAGGAGAUGGAGGAGGCGGAUUACGCCCUCAAAUCGCAGGGUUUGAUCCUCAACACGUUCGAGGGAAUGGAAGGCGAGGUUUUGGACGCUCUGAGAGGUUUCUUCCCGCGGAUCUACGCGCUGGGUGCGAUCGGUUCGCUAAUCGAUCAGAUCUCUGGGAGCGCAGGCACGACGACCCCGAUGCGACUAGGGAGUUGGGAUGAGGAGGAGGAGGAAGAUCGGCGAUGCGCGGAGUGGCUGGAGGCGCAGCAGAGGGGUUCGGUGGUGUACGUGAGCUUCGGCAGCAUCACGACUCUGACGAGGGAUGAAUUGGCGGAGUUCGCGUGGGGCCUGGCGGAGAGCGGCCGCCCCUUCUUGUGGGUGGUCCGGCCGGGCCUGGUGGAAGGGGGCAUCGAGGCGCUGCCCGGGGGGUUGGUCGAGGAAACUAAAGGACGGAGCUUGCUGGUGAAGUGGUGCCAUCAAGGGAAGGUGUUGUCCCACCCGGCCAUCGGCGUGUUUCUGACGCACGGCGGCUGGAACUCGAUGAUGGAGAGCGUGGCUCGUGGCGUUCCGAUGAUCUGCUGGCCGGGGUUCGCAGACCAGUACACGAACUGCCGGUACGCUUGCAAACACUGGGGAUUCGGCAUGGAGAUCGAGGAGGAAGUGAGGAGGGGGCAAGUGAGGGAGGUUGUCCGGGAAGCACUGGAAGGGGAGAAAGGGGAGGAGAUGAGGAAGAAGGCGAUGGAAUGGAAGGAGAAGGCGCGGCGAGCAGCGACAGAAGAUGGGACAUCGUUUACGGACCUUGCCAGAUUAGCGAACGACCUGAAUCAGCUCACCACAAACACAGGGAUUAAGCAGACUAAACAUACCCCGUCGUAACAUAAUGCCAUGCUUACUUUGAGAUUCGGUGUGUGUGAUAGCAAUGUUUCCGAGUUUUUUUUUUUUUUUGAAAAAUAAAGAAAUUCAGUAUUUUGUUCCUUCCACCGGAGAAACUAUUAAAAAUAUAUAUUAAUAGUUCUGUCAUAGCUAUUUAUUACGGCCUAUCAAAUUUUAUUGGGCAAGAAUGAGCAUGUUUGCCGGACAUCCGAUUGUCAAUUAAAAUCAAGUGGACACCCUCAUUUGACUUGAA